GGGAGCUAAUUAUUUAAGUUUCAUGUUAGUCGUGUAAUCAAAGUAUUGUCCUUUAGAGUAGAAGCCUACCGAGUUUAAUCAUCGUGAUCGAAUGAUUAAAUUUUAUGAGCGGUCAAGAAAAUAAACGUUAUGUUAAAGUCGAUGGAAGGGAACAAAGGAAAAUUUCACUCCUCAAGAGGUUUUCGCAGAGUCAAUCCAAUCUUCUUCAAGCCAAGAAGAUAACAGUACAAGACAAACACUUCAAGAAUACAAAAGAGUUGAGUGGGAAGUAUGGAAAAGCCACACGAUUUCCAGCUACAAGAAAAAUCACCAGGAAGGAAAGACUUAACAAAAUUAGGAUAAGGCUUCUCCUAUUAAAAUACAUCAGUAUAUGGCAGCGGAAGACAUUUGGCAGGAUUUCACCGUCGAAAGCAAGGAAACAUUAUCAAGUGAAACUGUUGCAAAGAUGUUUUUGUCAAUGGGAAGAUGUCUGGUGGAGUGGCAAAAAUGAAUGGAAAUUGAAUAUUCGUGCAGAAUACCACAACAGGUUUCGUUUAUGGUUGAAAACCUGGAGACGUUGGCGUUCGUACAUUGCUCUUAAACGAAGAAAGAAAGCAAAGACAAUGGUUGCAAAGCAGAAAGCUGACCAUUCGCGUGUUGUGAUGGCAUUAGCAAGUUGGAAACAGUACAUAAGAAAGAGAAAAGAUAAGAGAGAUUGUUACAUAGAAAGUCAACAGGAUGGAAUAAUCCUUCUUGAAAGAAUGGCAUUCAACAAAUGGAAAAAUCAAUUUAAUUUGAGACAAGCGUUGUAUCGACUGGAGAGGAAUGCUCUAGGUUUUUGUGCACGAUGCUUGCUUGCCAAGUCUUGGAGAUGCUGGAUGCUUCAAUAUUCAAUGAUAACCGAGGAAAAUUUGAAGACGCAGUUUGCAUCGAAAUGUUAUCACAGACGGUUGACAGCACAUACUCUGGAGCACCUGAAAUUGUACGUCACACAAAGACGAGAAGAGAAAGCACGUUUUGACAGUGGAAUUCGGUUUCAUCGUUCCCACAAGUUGCGCUUGUACUUCUUGAGGUGGAAAAUUACCUGGGAAAGGAAUAUUGAACUGAUGCAAUUUAAAGAUAAACUGAUUACGAUGGAGCUGAAAGCGAGAAAACGGCGAACGUUUCUACAUUGGAAACAUUACAUUAUCCUGUGUUGUAACAAACAGCUAAACAUAUCAAAAUCCUGCAGACACUUUCAAACUCGGCUAAAAAGAACGUGUUUGAAGAUUUUGUGCAAGAGAGUUGUCAUUCGGAAAAGAAAGAACAUCCUUCAUGUCUCAGCCAUGAAACACAGGAGAAAAUAUUUACAGAAAGCAUUCCUGUUAUUGUGGUUAAGACGUUAUGAACUUCGAGAAGAUUUGCGUCAUGUAUCUUUGAUCAACUUCGUUCAAAACUUCUACAGGAAAAUCGUGUUGCGCAAAAUGCUGAAAUCUUGGAAAUUAUAUCGUCAGCAAAAACGUGGAGAGCGAAAUCUGAAGUUGAUUGCUGACGUCAACGCAAGACGUCAUCUUCUUCCAAGGUAUUUUAACCGAUGGGAGAUUUUUGUUGAUAAAAUGAAAAAGAGGCACUUCAAUGCGGAGAGAGGCGAGGAAUUUCGACGAGAGUGUCUAUUGGCGAAAACAUUUUAUCGCUGGCUGCAAGAGCAUCGGUUACAAAUGGACGUGCAAACGCUUCGGCGAAUUGCAAUCCUUUCUCACAUGGAGAGAUUAACGAAGAAGUUUUUCCUUGUGUGGUCGACAAGAACAAGAGAAACCUUGCGUGAAAAUUCUCUCUUGGAGCAAGCCGACUCCAAUUUUACCAUACGACUUAAGUCGAAAUGUUUCGAAGUCUGGAGGAAUUACGUUGAAACUGUUAAACGUUGUUCACAACGUAUGUGCGUGGCUAUCCAGCAUCAAAAUAGGAAAAUAACGUUUUUGUGUUGGACAAAUUGGAGGACGUUUGUCGUUAAGAAGAGAGAUAAAUGGAGACUCUUGAUGAGAAGUGAUUUUCAUUAUCGUCGCACAGUUUUGAAGAAAAUCCUUGAAAUAUGGAAGUUGUAUUGUAAACAUUGGAGAGAGGUGAAGACUUUGGUGGAAGGGAAGAAACAGAUUAAAGAUGUGAAAACUGUGGGACUGCUCUUUGAGCGCUGGAGGGAAAACGCUCGUUAUUUCAAACUUGGCAAGGAGAAUCAUCACAUGUCAGUACAACAUUGGACGAAAAAAUGUUUCGAAAAGAUUUUCACGGCUUGGCGUAUUUACGCGUUCAAACAUUCAAGAAAGAAACUUGAACAAUUUAAUAAGAUUUCCGCCGUACAGAAAAAGCUCGAGAGAGGAUAUCGACAUCGCGUGCUCGUUGCGUGGAAACGACAGCACCUAUUAAAACUUUCUUCGAAGAAAAAAAGCGAAAAAGCUGAAGAGUAUUGGAAACGACGAGUUUUAGAAAGAUGUCUAGAUGUUUUUAAGAAGAAACGGUUUCAGGCCUAUCGUAAACAGGCGUUACAUCAACACUGUAUGGUCUUUCAUAAUGAGAGAAUUGUUGCGUCACACUGGAAGUUUUGGCACAUCAAAUUUCGUGAACGCGUACAGUUCGUAAAGAUGUCUCACAUGGCUCUUUGGCUUUGGAGUUUCACUUUACAGCGAAAGACGUUUGUUUCAUGGAUCAUUUACACCAAAGAAAAGAAGAGAAAGAAAGCUGCCGUCAAUCAAGCACUUGAAAGACGUCGCGCUUAUCUUCACAAAGUCACCGUCAUUCAGUGGAUUAAGUUUGCCACGUUUUUCAUCAGCAAAAGAGAGCAAUUUGCCGCAUCAAGACACGUUCAGUUUUCCGAAAACAUUCAAAGAAUUGUUCAGAAAUGUGCCAUUCAUUGGAGAAGAGUUACCAUCAAACACCGAGAUGAGCGUCCUCGAAGUCUACAAUCUUCAUCGUACGUUGUUCAAAAACGACCAUCAACAUCCGUCGUCGGGAACAAUUCAACUGCAACUGACCGAAUAAUAAACUGGAGACAAAGUCAAGGAAGCGAAAUGGUUUAUUUGAGAAGGGUAAAAAGACUCCCUCCAAGAAUUCCUCAAUAUUUAAUAGAAAGUGAUAACCUCACAGAAUCAUCAGAACACGUGAUCGGAGAAGAAAGUGAAAGUGUUCCUAGAAACUUUCCAUCGAACAUCCAUCCUAUCUCUCAACCUUCGCUUCACGAACCUUCACCACUCAGCUCUACAUCCAGUUGCACAGUCGAGUCUUGUCCGAGUCAGCAACCAAUUGGUUUAAAUACUCGCGCUCCAAUUGAUUUAAAUACUCGCGCUCCAAUUGAUUUAAAUACUCGCGCUCCAAUUGGUUUAAAUACUCGCGCAUCUGGUAGAAAUAUCUUUGUGCCAAUGAAAAACUACAAGACCGUCAGCUCGAAAAAGCCAUUACUGCUACCACCAUCUUCUUUUAUGCCCUAUAAAAGUAUCGUAAAAGGUCAUGAAGAAAGAGACAAGACGUUUCAUGACGACCGUCAAGCACAGCGGAAUAGUUGCUCAGAUGAAAACAACGCCAACUCCUAUAUCCUGCCGAGUUUUAUAUCCAUGAAGGAGAAUCAAGAAACCAUCGUCAUUUUACGUAAUCGGAUGUUGACGUAUUACACUUUAACGACUCACCUUAGAGAGUCGCAGAACAAACUAACAGCAUUACGUCACCGGACGCACUGUGUCGAUAACGGCGAGGAACCUGGUGAAGAGAAAGUCCUUGUUAAUAAAAUAAUCAGCGAGUUAACUGAGCAAGUGGAUUUCAUGAUGGACAAUUUGAAGAAAGCUUUUCAAAUCAUUGCAAAUGAUCUGGACCAAUUACUUCAGACAAUAUCCUAAAUGAUUACGUCGACGUGCGUUAAUUAUUUUUAAAAAUUCAUGAACAGUAAGGAAGACCAUCCUAAAAUAUUCGGAAUGUAGAUUUCAAUCGAUUGUAAAGAUCAGUAUAAAGUAAAUUGGAAUCUAUAAACUGUCUUUUUGAACUUUAUUUUACGGUUUUCAUUCCAAUUUCUUUAUCGCUAUUUUCUGAUUAUUUCUUUACACACGCAGUUUUUAAAAAUUUUCCAAGUGGAUCUAAAUUUCAACGCGAGCUCCAAGAUCUUUAUGCAAUAUUUUUUGGUUCUGUCGAGUAUCACUGAUAAACAGCACAUCAGACGACUAAUUACGAGAGUAUUUAAGUUUAAGGACCUUGGAAAAUGAAGCGAUUUUCUUUUGUACCAAAAUAUAGGUACAUUAUGUAAAACCUAAUAAUUCUACGUCGAACUGAAAUACUUGAUUGAUGAGUGUAAUACAUUUUAUAAGCACUGUAAAUAGCUAAUAAGAUCUCGAUGAAAUUGCCUGUUAGCUUUGCUCAAAAACUGAUAUCCGUUAGUAAAAUCUUCACAUAACAGACACAUGAAUUCAUAUACCUGUGUAUUCAAAAGAUUAUCGUGGUAACUGUGAUUUUCACAAAUAUAGAAACUUCAAUGAUCAUUGAUCAUAAAUAAAAUAAAAAAAUGAACCACUCGCUACAGUCAUUCUGAUAAUUUUAUGUUUAUAUUUACACUUUCACUUAAAAUUAAAUACAACAACGAGCGCACAGCGCGAGUCAUUGAUAAUAUAUAUCUCUAAAGACUAUUUAUAUAAGAAUUUUAUAUUAUAUUUACAAACUAUUUACAAAUAUAAAUAAUUUACUAUAAUAAUAUCUGAAAGUAUUAAUCGCUUGUUUCACUACUGUUGAAACAGGAACAAAAUAAA